AUGAGGGUGUUUGUGCUGGCGCUCACCGUGGCCCUUGCAGUGGCCAACCGAGUCAACCCUGCCCCCAAAUUUUCUUUGGGAAAGACCUAUGUGUACAAAUACGAAGCAGAGAUUCUAGGAGGUCUUCCAGAAGAAGGUCUUGCCAAAACUGGGCUUAAAAUAGAAAGCAAAGUUUUGCUUCAUGCACAAUCUCAGGAUACCUUCUUGUUGAAGCUUUUAGAAACCAAGAUUUCUGAGUACAAUGGCAUCAACCCAGAAGAUUACACUGAGUCUACUAAGUUGACCAGAGCCCUUGCUGCUCAGCUCCAGACAACUGUCAAGUUCGAGUCCAGCAAUGGCAACGUGGGCAAAGUGUUCGCCCCUGCGAGUCUCUCCACGACCGUCCUCAACAUCUACAAAGGCGUCAUCAAUGUGUUCCAGAUGAACAUCAAGAGCACACAGGACAACUAUGACCUGCAGGAGGUUGGGCCACAUGGUGUGUGUUUGACCAAAUAUGUCAUCACUGAGAACAAGAAUGAAGGAAACUUCUUCAUCACAAAAAUUAAGGAUCUGAACAACUGCCGGGAGAAGAUUGUAAAAGAGGUUGGCUUGGCCUACAUGAGGAAAUACCAUGAAUCUCAUGGUAGAUCUCAGAUUCUGAAUGGUGUAACAACAACCAACUACAUCCUGAAGGCCACCGAUGCUGGUAGUCGGAUUGAGGAAGUGCAAACUAAAGAGAUCAUGAUGUUCUCUCCAUUCGAUGUAGUCAAAGGUGCUGCCCAGAUGGAAGCAAAACAAAAGCUGAAAUUCUUAGAGGAGACUGACAAACCAGUUGUGCCCGUUUCUGCGGACUAUCGCCAACAUGAAUCCCUGCAGUACGAGUUCGGGACUGAACUCCUCCACAACCCAGUGCAGCUUCUGAGAGUCGACAAUGUUGACGCUCAGAUUCUUGAAUUACUGAAUCACCUGCAGAAAUACAAUGUUGAAAGAAUUCAUGAGGAUUCCCCUCUGAAGUUUAUUGAACUUAUCCAGCUGAUGCGUAUGCUUGACUACAAUGCAAUUGAACAAUUGUGGAGAACCUAUAAAGAUAAACCAGUUUACAGGCUCUGGAUCCUGAGUGCUAUCCCUGUUCUUGGAACUCAUGUUUCUCUGAAGUUCAUGAGGAAUCAGAUGCCUCUCACUGAGCAUGAAUCACUUGUAGAAGCGACCAAUGCCUUAGUGUCCACAUUCCACAUGAUAACUGCUAACCGUGAUACGUUAACUGAGGCCAAGAACUUACUCGCCCAUAUCAUUGAGAAGGAGAAGGCACAAGCGCAUGACUACAAAUUCUACAUUUACCGUGACAUUGUAAUGCUUGGCUACGGCACCCUGGUUGCUAAACACUGUGUGGAGGAGAAGGACUGCUCUGCUGAGCAUAUUAAGCCACUUAAUGACUAUGCCACUGAAAACAUGGCUAAUCCAGAGAGGCUGAAUCUUGCUCUCAAAGCCAUCGGCAACGCUGGACAUGUUGGAAGUUUGAAGACAAUUCAGAAGUUCCUGCCUGGUUUUAGCAGCAGUGCUGAACAUCUGUCCCUGCAUUUGAAGAUCCAAGCGGCAACUGCACUGAGGAAUAUUGCAAGGAAAGACCCUAAAACGGUCCAACAAGUGGCCCUGAAUCUGUUCAGAAACAUUAAGAAUGAUGCUGAAUUGCGCAUGAUUGCCACAGUUGUCCUGUUUGAGACCAGGCCGUCCAUGGCCGUUGUGAAUGUGAUAGCUUCUUCUGUGAUGAAGGAGCACAAUCUGCAGGUUGCAAGCUUUGCUUAUACCUACAUUAGGUCCUUGACCAAGAUCACUGCUCCAGACAUGGUUUCUGUUUCUUCUGCCUGUAAUGUGGCUCUGAGGCUCCUAACACCUAAAUUGGGAUCUCUCAGUUUCCGAUACAGCAGAGCUCUGUAUAUGGAGGCCUACCACAGCACAUGGAUGACUGGAGUGGCUGGCAGUGCCUUUAUAAUCAACAAAGCAGCAAGCAUCUUCCCCACCGCCUUCGUGGCCAAAGCCCGUGCCUCUGUGGCUGGGGCUUAUGCUGAUGUUUUAGAGGUUGGAGUACGGGGCGAAGGUCUGCAGGACAUGCUUCUGAAGUUAAAUAAGAAUAAUGACAAGAGUGCCAACGCUGCUAAGAUGAGUGAAAUAAUCAGUGCGAUCAAGGAAUGGAGGGCUGAAAAAAACCCCAAGCCCCUGGCCUCUGCUUACAUCAAAUUCUUUGAUCAGGAAGUGGCCUUCGCUAACUUUGACCAGGAGCUUAUGGAGCACUUUAUGGAGACGUCUAAAAGAUCAGAAGUUAUCAACCAUGGAAAGGAGUUCUUCCACAAUCUGUUGUCCGGAAUUGAGAAGUAUUAUACCCAUCCAAUGCUGUUCUCAGAGAUCAGGCGCAUCAUGCCCACAACCAUUGGUCUGCCCAUGGAGCUGAGUUUCUACACAGCAGCUGUGGCUGGAGCAUCUGUCAAAAUUCAGGCUGCGGUCAAUCCACCUCUCCCCCAGGACUACAGUGGAAUGCAGCUUCUUAACUCUGAAAUCAGCCUUGAAGCUUCAGUUGAUCCAAGUGUUGCCAUGCACUCCUACGCUGUGAUGGGCGUCAAUACCCAAUAUGUGCAGGCUGCUUUGAUAUCCAGAGCAAAGGUCCAUACGGUUGCACCUGUUAAAGUUGAUGCAAGACUUGAUAUCAGCAAAGGAAACAUCAAGAUUGCACUUCUGCCUCUUCAGUCCGUUGAAAAAAUUGUCUCUGUGCGUGCUGAUACCAUGGCAGUUGUCAGAAAUGUGGAAGAUCUCCAAGCAGCCAAGAUGAUUCCCGUGAUACCAGCCGAGUACACAAUCAGACAAGAUAGCCUUUCCUCUAAAGGCUUGGUCUCUGAUAGUUUGUCUUCAGAGCUGCUUCCCAAUAACAAGGCACACAAACGUUCCCAGAAGCAGAGGUCCCAGAAGCUGUAUGAGAAGGACACGUGCAGUGAAUAUGAAACCUUUGGAUUUAAAGCAUGCGCCAAGAUUCAGUCUUCCAAUGCUUGGUUCAUCAGGCAGUCCCCUCUCUACAGCCUCAUCGGAAACCACCAUGUGUCUGUUGAGGUUGAUAGAGCUGGUGAGGGAGUUGUGGAUAAGAUUGAGGUUGAGAUCCAAGCUGGAAACGAAGCCUCAAAGAUCAUCCGCGUGAUCAACAUCGCACACAAAGAGGAGGUUCUGGAAGACAAGAGCGUCCUGAUGAAGCUGAGGAAGAUCCUGGCCUCCACACCAAACAACAGCAGCAGCUCCUCCAGCUCCUCCAGCUCCUCCAGCUCCUCGUCCAGUGACAGCAGCAGGAGCAGCCGCCGCAGCCACAACCCCGCUAAUGUCGGGGCCAAGCUCCGCAGCAGCCGCAGCAGCAGCAGCCGCAGCAGCAGCAGCAGCAGCAGCAGCAGCAGCAGCAGCAGCAGCAGCAGCCACUCCACACCCUCAUCCAGACGCCAAUCCAGCGACCGCAAUCAAGAGGUUCACAAUGUCAAGUUUGCCAAGGAUCACCAACACCAGCAUUCUCGUGCCAGUACCCACAAUUCUCAGAGCAAGAGCAGUGCAGAGAGCUUUGAGAACAUCUACAACAAGGCCAGAUUCCUGUCCAACAAUUUGUCACCCAGCUUGGCAGCCGUUGUGCGUGCGAUUAGAAGCGAGGGCAAGCCACAGGGAUACCAGGCUGCUGUAUACUUGGACAAGGACACCAGCAGAGUUCAGAUUAUCUUCGCCAAGUUGGCUGAGAACGACCGCUCUAUGAUCUGCGCUGAUGGAGUGGUGCUCAGUUCCCACAAAAUGAUGGCCAGAGUUGCAUGGGGUCAAGACUGCAAACCCUACUCCACUGAUAUCAUCGCUGAAACUGGUCGCGUGGAUGAGAACAUGGCACUGCGCCUGAAAUUCAGCUGGGAAAAAGUUCCAAAGAGAUUCCAUCGUUACAUUAAGAAGAUCUCUAAUCUCGCACACUCUCUUCAAAAAUAUGGAGCCAAGAUGGACAAGGUCAGGAAUGUGGUCAAUGAGAUGAAACUUACAUUGGUUAUUGCUUCACAAACAAAUGUAGAUAUUCUUCUGAAGACCCCAAAGAGACUGUUCAGCCUGGACUUGGGUCUUCCCUUCGCCCUGCCUUUGGGAGAAACCAAGAGUGAACUCCAAUCAUAUGAUAACUGGGCUUCAAAAGUAGCUUACUUGUUUUCCGCGGGAAAUGCCUUGACAUGCAAGCUCCAGCAAAACACCCUGACCAGUUUUAACAAUAGAAGCCAUGAAACCUCCACACUUAAGUCCUGCUACCAGGUCCUGGCUCAGGACUGCACCGAGAGCCGCCGGUUCACUAUUCUGGUGAGGAAAGACGACAGGCUGCAACAGAACCAACUCCGUGUGCACUUUGAAGACAAGAAGGUUGACCUGUCUGUGAGGGAUAGUCAGGUUGUGGUUUCAGUCGACGGAAGCGAAAAGGUAGUCACAGAAGAACAGACGCGAUUGGCCGCCGGCGCCAUGAUCAAACGCAGAGGAGCAGGUGUUGUUAUUGUUGCUCCUGAGCUUGGUCUUAAAGAACUGUACUAUGGCAGAGACACCCAAAAGGUGAUAGUUUUGGACGCCCUGAAGGGAAAGGUCUGCGGCAUUUGUGGCCGUGCUGAUGGGGAGAUCAGACAGGAGUACAGCACUCCCAGUAAACGCAUUGUCAGUGAUGCUGUUAGCCACGCCCACUCCUGGACUCUGACCGCUGAGUCCUGCCGCAACGAGGCUGGGUGCAUGCUUCAGCGAGUGUUUGUAAAGCACGAUAGGGAGGUGAACCAUGGAGGAGUUCCCUCAAGGUGCACAACCGUUGAGUCUGUUCUCCGUUGUAAUCCCUCGUGCACUGUUCUGAGAUCCAAAAUCAUCAAAGCCGCCUAUCACUGCGUACCUUUGGAUUCCAGCCUUCCAUCUUCAGCUAUCUCCAGCAAGAGCGCGGAUGUGCGUAUGGACACGGUCGCUCACGAGGAUUGCCAGUGCUCCGCUCACUGUGCCUAA